UCGUCGUCGCCGUCGCCGGACUUCCGCUUCGGCCUGCUCGCGGACAUCCAGUACACGGACACGGACGAUCGCACCAACUUCACGGGCACGCAGGUGCGACGGUACCGAAACUCGCUCGCGGUAGCCUCGGACGCGAUCGCGUUCUUCAACCGCUACGACGACCUGUCGUUCGUGCUUCACAACGGCGACAUCAUCGACCACCAGUGCGCGUUCGACUUCGAGACGGACGCGUUCAAGCCGAAGCGCGUGUCGUACGAUCACCUCGGCGAGGUGAUGCGCGUGCUGGACGACAGCGCGUGCAAGGAGUGGGUGUUCACCGUGGGCAACCACGAGCUGUACAACUUCACGCGCGACGAGCUCAGGCGCGUUCUCUCCUCACACUGGUCCCCAUACGACCGCACGGGCUCGUUCUACUACGCGAUGCGCCCCGCGAGAGGGUGGAAAGUCAUCGUCCUGGACGCGUACGACGUGAGCGUGUACGGCAACGGGAGAGGCGAGGGCUUGGACAGAGCCGCGGUGGAGCUGCUGUGCGAGCACAACCCGAACUGCGCGCGGUGGGUAGAGGACAACCCGGACGUGUUCGAGACCGAGCGCAUGAGCGGGACGUUCCCGUACUUCCAAGGGUUAGAGGGGUUGGGCACGCGGAGGGUCCCGUUCAACGGCGCCGUGAGCGAGGCGCAACUGCGCUGGUUGAGAGAAGAACUGAUCGCCGCGAAAGCCUCGGAGGAGCGCGUCGUCGUGUUCUCGCACCUCCUCGUGCAUCCCGCGUCCACCGCGAAAGGAAGCGGCCGGACGCUGCUGUGGAACUACGACGCCGUCCUCGCCGUCCUCGAGGACGACGCGUACGCCGCGAACGUCAGCGCGGUCGUCAGCGGGCACCAGCACGAGGGCGGGUUACACACGAGCGAAGCCGGGACGCAUUACGUGGUGAUGGAGUCGCCGAUGCUCGCGACGCCGGGA